AUGCUAAGCAUCCCUAAAGCCUACCAAGAGUGACCUGCCCACAAGCGCUUUGUAUGGCAACACCCCCUAUCCCUUGCAUGUUUCGGCUUUCACCUGCUCCCCGUCUCCUGCACCUCCUACCUGUCCCCACCUUCCCCACCCCUUCCCCACAAGUUCCUCUCCCCUUCCCACCCUUAACAGUUAUAUAUGCACCCUUUGGUCCUUCCUUCCUGCCAUCCCACCUCCAUCUUCAUCGUUCCAUUCCCUACAAAUUCUUGUUAUAGCUUCUCUUUCUCCCUUUAUUCCCCAUCCAUUUCUUGAGGAUGUGCAACUCGAAGAUCCAGUCGGGCCAUGCAAUGGCCAGCGCGGCGGUGGCCGAGAUCGACGGGAGGCCAGUCUUGCAGCCGGCAUCCAACACGUCCAACCGCAUCGCGACGCCGGAGGCCGGGCGGCCGCUCAAGAAGACCUUCCACAAGUCCAUCUCUUUGCCUACCUCGUUCACCAAACAUGCUGCUAGGUCUGACGUUGUUGACCCCGGUACUGCUAUUCUGCCUAAGCUCUCACCGCCGGUCUCUCCCAAGCUGAAACCAGCUGCCAAGGCAGCGCCGAAGCGGAGCAACGAUCCGAAUGGGCUGAAUACAAGCACCGACAAGCCCUCCGCCAAGUCGAGGCCUGCAAUGAUGACGAGAUCGAAGAGCUCCGUCGGCGCAAGCCAAGUCGUGCCGUCUCUCGAUUCCUCCUUGCUCUCAUGUGAUAGGGCUCCUGGCAGCAUUGCCGCUGCACAGAGAGAGCACGCCGUGCUGAUGCAGGCACAGCGGAAAAUGCGGAUCGCUCAUUACGGGCGGACGCCGGCGAAGCUCGAAGGGAAGGUGGUUCCUGUCGAUUCUUCCGUGCUCAGUGAUGCCAGCGGCCAGGAGGAGAAGAGAUGCAGCUUCAUAACGCCAAACUCUGAUCCUGUCUAUAUUGCAUACCACGACCGAGAGUGGGGAGUGCCCGUCCACGAUGACAGAAUGCUGUUCGAAUUACUAGUGCUGGCUGGAGCUCAGGUUGGGUUGGAUUGGACAACCAUCUUGAAGAAAAGGGGGGAAUUCAGGGCCGCAUUUGCCGAAUUCGAUGCAGAGUUGGUGUCCAAGUACACGGAGAAGCAAAUGGUCUCGAUUAGCGCAGCAUAUGGGCUGGAUUUAGGGAGGGUCAGAGGGGUUGUCGACAACGCUAAGAGAAUUCUCGAGCUCUCUAAUCGGACACCGCAUGUGACUGGCUUGGAACAGGUCAGAAGAGAGUUGGGAUCCUUGGACAAGUAUCUGUGGGGGUUCGUCAACCACAAGCCUCUCUCCACCAACUACACUUCAUGCAGGAAGAUCCCCGUGAAGACCUCCAAGUCGGAGUCCAUCAGCAAGGACAUGGUCCGGCGCGGCUUCCGGUUCGUCGGUCCCACCGUCGUCCACUCCUUCAUGCAGGCCGCCGGCCUGACCAACGACCACCUCCUCUCCUGCCCUCGCCACCUCCACUGCUGCUCCCUCUCCACCACCAACUAACCGCUGACUACCACCACCACCACCAUAUGCAAGUUACUCGGGUUAUUGGUGAUAGCGGAAUCUAGUGAGCUGUGACCACUUGUUGUAUAAACACUGGUGUGAGGUUUCCCUGAGAGGUUUCUUCUUCUUUUCUUCCUUCUUCUUCUUCUUCUUCUUCAAUGAUAGGAAUGUAUGAAAGAUGAGCAUAAUUGCAUGUGGUGAGUGUCGGGGGGUGGAGACAUGGCAUGUGGGGUGACAGGCAAUCGCAUGUGUUGUCAGGGUGGGCUUUUCCCUUGAGCCAUGUGACCACAACAUGCCUCCAUUAUUCCUUAGGGUUAUCCAUCAACCCCAACACAACUCCAUCAAAGUAGACCGCUGAAGGAGAUCAGAAUAUGUCGACGGAGGCCUACCACAGACUCCAUUUCACAACUAGACUCACUUUGCUUGACUCAUUUGUUCUUGCUCCCGUGUAAGAUUAUUAUGCUUGUGGCUUGCUUACUGCUGGAAGAUUGCCUGUAAAACUUCCAUCAAUAUAGUGGAUUUGUGUCUACAGACAAA